GAAAAAAUUCACAAUAAUUGUUGAUAAAAUUAAUUUUCUAUACAAUAAAAAAGGCCUAAAUACUUGUUAAAAUGAUAUUUAAGUGAUGUUUAAUUGAUAUUUCAUUUUUAUUACAAAAUUUGAGCUAAAUAUCUUCCUCAAUUCCUCAAAAGAAUCUUCCAUGUAUUAAGAAUUUUUUUUUCAAGAAUUUAUUAUUAUUUAGCAGCCUAAAAGUGCUACAACUUCGUUAAACAUACGCUAGAGCAUAUAAGUUGAAAGUUUUUGAUAAUUCUGGAACUUACAGAAGGAUACAAAAUCAUGAUAAAUUCAAAUAAUUAAUUGCGUAUGCAAAAUUUUGCAAUGGGCUGCGUCGAGAGUAAAGUAAGUGAAAAUAAUCAUCCAAAUCGCUUCGAUGUUAUUUUUGCAGACACAGACGACUCAGUGUAUUAUAAUUCACAACUUGAAAUAAAUGGAAACGACAUAAUAUUGUAUCGAAAGAACAGAGCACCUAUAUCAUGGUCGCUUGGAUCGUUGAGACGAUAUGGAUAUGAUGCGAAUUUCUUUACAUUUGAGGCUGGCAGGAGGUGUGAGACAGGCCCUGGAAUCUUUAGUUUUAAGUGCCAACGUGCUGAUGUAUUAUUCAACACACUUCAAUCAUUUAUAAACGGUAGAGCGUAUAAUACUGACGAUACAAAUCUUCAUGACUUUGCUGUGCCAAAUGCAUCUAAUAGGAACAUAGCUCAAUUGAAUAGUCUCAAUUUGGGCGGUGGAACAUUACAUACUGGUAUUCAAGGUAGCUCAUAUAUUGUGAAUGCAAGGCCAAACAGCUCUUUAUCGCCAAAUGGCACUAGUUCUAUACAAAGCAGAAGUACGGAUACUCUGACUGCUGACUAUUUAGAGCCCAAUCCUAGUCGUCCUAUUACAUCACAUGUCACACGAUUUUCAUCUAGUAAUCGAAUGAGCUCAUUCGGAUCGGGGCCUUCAUCACCAGGCUCACCAAACAGCUAUACAAAUAUCCUCGAAAUAACGAAUCUAAAUCCAUCGCAACAACAUGCGCCAGGCAAUAUUUAUCAAGAUUAUCCAUCAAGUCAUCUACAGAAACCCACUAAACUAUCUAUCGAUAUUCCACCAGCUGAACAAGCUCCGAGUGCUAGUCAAUUUAUAAAAUCUACUGUAACGACACCGAAAGGUGAUGCAAGCACUAAUGUCUAUAUGAAUGCUGAAAUUGGUGAUCCAAGAAAGAUUCUCGAAAAUGAAUCAACAUCAACGACAAUACCGACAGCAAUAACAGUGCCCACACAAGUGCAGGCACCGAGAGCAACACUCGCGACAAUGGAGAGCUUAGAAGUUGAUCCGGAAGAACCGUCAUCACCGGAUUCCAUCAAAGCUGUUUACAUGAAUGUUGGUAUUGGUGAAGAAAAUAAUCAAAUAACGACACCACCUGCUAAUUCUACUGAUAUUAAAGAGAAUCAACCUCCUAUAGCUACGACACCUCCUGUUUUGGCAAAUAAUCUAAACUCGAAAUUAAAUGAUAUUAAAAAAGAUUAUACAAAGAACGUUGUUAAUGGCAAUAUUUUUGGAUUCACUAGGGCACUAUCAUUCUCACAAGAUCCAACGACACGUUGUUACGAGAACUUGGAUAUAGGACUAUCGGAAAUGAAGCCAUUAAUGCUUCGAAAUCGAUACUCACGUCCUGAGAUCUUUUCAAAAGUCGAUUUACCUCUCAUCGACCGAACAGAUAAAUCAGAACCAUGCACACCAACGCAACGGAAGGUCAACUAUAUUGUUUUAGAUCUCGAUCAGCAGACAACAAUAAAUAACAACAAUAAUUUAGGCAGCAAGAAUAUUGGAAAUAAUAAUGGCAGUGUCGAUAGUUGUAGUGAUAAUCAAAGUCAAAUGAUGGUUAAUUCUGUGUCUGCAUCAAGUGGCCUAUUUCCACCCGAAAGUCCCAAGAAGCUCGGCUAUGCUACUAUCGAUUUUGAUCGCUCGAAUGCAUUAAGCAACAUUAUUAAUAAUCCAAUCAAUGAUUUUGAUCAGAGUUGCAGGAAAACGCGACACGAUUCAAAUGUUACACCCAUUCUAAUGGUGAUGAAACAUAGUAACUCAAUGAGCGAUUAAAAUACCUUUAUUAUCUCAUAAAAUUGAAUCACAUAAACAAUAUUUAUAUGUGUGUUCAUAUAAGGAAGAGAACAAAAAAAAGUAUCCGAUUAACUUUGUUUGGGUAAAAUAGAUUAAAAUAAUUGCUCUUUUGUUCAAUUCACGUACACUUCUCCUGCUGCGAUAUAUAUUUUUUUUUUUGUGUAAACCCGAACAAGAAGAAGAACUUUGAUAAAGGUUGGAUUUUUCCAACGGAUUGUCUGAAUAUCAAUUGAAUAUUUUAUUACAUCAAGUGCGAAGUAAAUACCAUAAUGAUUCUUGAGAAUUUCUUUCAUUUUUAUUUGUUGAGCUAAUCGAAUAAAGAUUAACUGAAAAUUGUUUUUAUAAUGCUACUUGCUAGACAUCCAAUUGAAUUUAUUAUAAUAUUAUGUUCUGCUGACUUUGUAAGAUUUUUAAAUUUAAUAUUGAUUAUCUUUUUGAUGAUUCUAAGUUAAUGGUUUUUAAACAAGGUUUUGAAACUGAUCAAAUAUGAUCAAAAAUGAACACUAUUUUAUAAAAAAUUUGACAAUUCAAUGAAUUUUGAAGAUUUGAUUUUAAAAUUCAAACAAUUUUACUUUUAAAUCCUAAACUCAACCUAAAGAAGCAUUUGUAUUCCUCUAAUGAAAUGAACAUACCUAUUAAUAUUGUUAAAAAGAAACUAGACAAAAUGAAAAGAAAACUACAAAGAAGUAAUUAGUCUUUCUAAUUGUUUGACAAAACAAAAAAAUGAACAAAGAUGCCACAAAAAAAUAAAAUAUUUUGAUAUAUGAAACAUAAAAGAAGUAAAUUCGUUAGAAUAAAAAUUAAAGAAAAAAAAAUAUUAAGAAUAUUAUAAUUGAUAAAGAUACAUGCAUGUAAGUGAGAAUAUACAUAUUGUUAAUCGCAAAAAAUUUGAUAUUAUUUAAAGAUACAAAAAUAUGAGAAUAAUAUGAAGUGAAUUGUACAUCGAAUAAUAAAACACAAAAAAAAAGGAAUAUGUUCCAAUUUAGCGGAAAUUUGAAGCUUUUUUGAUAAAAGAAAAAUAAGAAGAAAAAAAUAUGAAAAUUAUAUAGAUAAAAAAAAAUACCGAUAUUCGAUUUAUAUAUGAAAUGGAAAUGCAUUGUGAUUUGUUGAAUGUGAAUAAUAGAGUCAAUGUUGAUUAAUUAAAAAGAAUAAAUAAAUACAAAAAAAAGGUUGAUGGAUAUCUAUAAAAAUUUUUGUAGCACAAGAAGAGAGAUAUUUUUACGUUUACGUAAUAUGAAGAUAGGAUAAAAUAGCUUUAUAUGGUUUUUCGUUUAUCGAAAGCCACAUCAUUAAUUAUGUCAGUUGCCACACAAGGAAAAAAAAUCGAUUUUUAUUGCAUAAAAUUUUUUUAGAUUUAAUUAUUAAAAAAAAAUGAUAUAAAAAAAUGAGGAAAUAAAGAAUAUGUCUUAUAAUUUUUAAAGAAACUUUAACAAAAAAAAGAAAAAUAAAAUAAAAUAAAAUGAUGUGUAAAAUGUCAAAUUAUACCAAAAAAGCAUGCAUAAGUAAAUGUAACGCUAUUUACGUUAGUCGAUAUAAGCCAAAGAAAUUGAUGAAAAGUUUACACAUAUGAGAAUAAAUUGUCCUAUAAACAAAAAUACAA